UGAGAUUAACGACGCAGAUGCUGGCCAAGAAACAAUGCGCAGGGGUGCUGCGCUGGCGGCUCGAGAAAGAUGCGCUCGCUGGUGCUUUGCUGGCCGCUAGUGCGGCAGCCAAGAUGGCGCUCAGUGGCGCUCCGCUGGCCGCUAUUGCGGCAGCCAAGAUGGCGCUCAGUGGCGCUCCGCUGGCCGCUGACGCGGUAGCCAAGAAGACGCGCACUGGCGCUCCGCUGGCCGCUAUGUGCGCAAAGGUGGCGCUAAGGGCGCUCCGCUGGCCGCUAUGCGGCGGCAAAGGUGGCUCAGUAUUGCUGAGGGAGGCACGGUUGCGCUCAAAAGAGCCGAAUCAAAAAGCCAAGAAAACGACAACGACCUGCGAAAGCAACAAUAAUAAGACCAAUACGCCUACCAGAAUCUUUCACAGUUCUUACCAAGUCUUGACGCACUAAAAAAAAAUUUUCUACACAAUUUCCACUAGGCGUCUAUUCGUGCUGCCGGUCACCAGAAAAGUGAUUUGACCGGAACCGGCUCAGCUUAAGUUAGCUGCGCAUGCGCGUGGUGACUCAUACGUCAAAGCUGAGCUUUCCAGUGCAACUCGCUAAACGUCAAAGGUGAGCUUUUCAGUGCAGCUGAUGCACUACUUAAAGCUCGGCUUUACAGCGCAGCUGAUGCACUUAAAGCUGCGGCCUUAGUUGAAAUUUAACUUGCAUACUUUUAGGACGCAUUUAAAUUAUAUCUGCUUCAGGCGCC